AAAGUCAUAAACAUAAACAUAAACAUAAGAGCGUCAUCAAUCAAUGGGUUGCUUCCACUCCAAAACCCCACUUCUUCAAUCUCUUCACGACCCACCCUCUCCUCACAAACCCGAUCCAGGUAAUGGGGAUGAUGUUGAUGAAGUAUGCCAAGUUCCAGUGUUCAAAGAGUACGCUCUGAAUGAACUUCGAAGGGCAACCAAUGAGUUCAGCACACAUUACAUUGUCUCCGAGAGUGGUGACAAAGCUCCCAAUGUCGUCUACAGAGGCAAACUCGACAACAAUCGCUUAGUUGCUGUUAAGCGCUUCUCCAAACUCUCUUGGCCUGAUGCUCAACAGUUUCUGGCAGAGGCAGCUGGAGUUGGGAAAGUGAGGCACAAGAGACUUGUAAAUCUAAUUGGUUCUUGUGCUGAGGGAGAUGAACGCCUCUUGGUUGCUGACUACAUGCCAAAUGAUACUCUCUCCAAACACCUUUUUCAUUGGGACAAGCAGCCAUUACCAUGGGAAAUGCGUCUUAGAAUUGCAUACCAUGUUGCACAGGCACUAGAUCAUUGUAGCGUGGAAAACAGGAAAAUAUAUCAUGAUUUGAAUGCAUACAGGAUUCUUUUUGAUGAGGAUGGUGAUCCCCAUUUGUCAAGUUUUGGGCUUAUGAAAAAUAGUCGAGAUGGAAAAAGCUAUAGUACUAACUUAGCUUAUACUCCACCUGAGUUUUUGCGAACGGGCAGGGUUAUCCCAGAGAGUGUGAUCUACAGUUAUGGAACCAUUCUUCUGGAUCUUUUGAGUGGCAAGCAUAUUCCUCCAAGCCAUGCUCUGGAUCUGAUAAGAGGGAAAAAUUCAUUGUUCUUGAUGGACUCAUCCCUCGAAGGGCAAUACGCAAGUGAUGACGCUACAAAGUUGGUUGAGCUUGCUUCAAAAUGUCUUCAGUUUGAGGCUAGAGAACGGCCUGAUAUUAAGUUUUUGCUUACUGCAGUUGCUCCUCUUCAGCAUCAGAAAGAGGUAUCAUCUCAUGUCUUGAUGGGCCUUACAAAAACUACAGCAGUACUGCCAACUAUGCUUUCUCCUCUUGGAAAGGCUUGUGCAAGGAUGGAUCUUACUGCUGUGCAUGAUAUAUUGUUAAAAACAGGUUAUAAAGAUGAAGAAGGUGCAGAAAAUGAGCUUUCAUUCCAAGAGUGGACACAACAAGUGCAAGAUAUCUUGAACACAAAAAAGUUUGGGGAUAUUGCAUUUAGAGACAAGGAUUUCAAAAAUGCAAUUGAGUACUAUUCAAAGUUGGUGGCUAUGAUGUCUGUUCCAUCGGCUACUGUCUAUGCAAGGAGAGCUUUCUCGUACUUGAUCAAUGAUCAAGCAGAACUUGCUUUAAGGGAUGCCAUGCAGGCUCAAGUUUGCAUACCUGAUUGGCCAACUGCAUUCUACUUGCAGGCUCUUGCUCUCUCGAAGCUGGGAAUGGAAACUGAUGCACAAGACAUGCUUAAUGAUGGUGCAGCCUUUGAAGCAAAGAGGCCUAUCAGCUGGCGUGGUUAAACUCUAAUUUGCGGUUCUUUGCUCACUAAACUAGAGAGAGUGGCAUCAGAAAACUUGCUAUUUUGCUAGAAUAGGUACUUGCUAGAAUAGGAAUAUGUAGGGUGCUAGUUUAGGGGGCAAGAAAAGUGUUCUGGUUCAAAAUGUUCCCGAGGAAUAUUACGGUAUAGAAUUUCUCUUACGGAUGAGUCAUGUAGAAUGAAAUUUCUCCAUUUUAAAUAGGUUCAUUUGUCAUGUUUGCAGUUAAAGUGUGCGAAUCCUUUCUUUGUUCUCAAGGAUUUUAAAGUUCAUUUUUUUUUCCCAAUGAGGCCCACGGGGUAAACUAGU